AUAUCUCCUUUCUUUCUCUUGUUGCCUCGAUAAUAUAUUACAACACAUGUGUUCAGUCUGUCUUUUUCUUUUUUUCUUCUUCCCUAAAUAUUAUUGAGACGAGGAGAUUCUUUUUAGUUUCCUAAGUUUUUUUUGUUUUUUGCUUAAGGAAUCUGUCUCCCUAUCUUAUAGAUCCAUCAGAAAGGUUCUUGCUCUUGCUCAUUCUUGAAGAUGGACAGGGCAGACACAAGUGGAUUUAUCAGUGGUGGGAGAUGUUUAUAUCUCAAGUUGCUUUUAUGUUUAUAAUUAUUUUACAAAGUGUUCUAAGUAUUCCUAUUUUUUGGCCAUUUUAUUUCCCCUUCUGUCGUUCUUCAUAUGGAUUUGAACUGUAUUGCAAACCUAGACAAUCUCAAAGAUACUGCUCUCACCUUGAAAUGCCUUGGAAGCAGCUCAGGGAGAUUAAUGGGGAGCUCUCACCACCACCAUAACCUUUGUUCUGAUGUAACUACUUGUCCUGAUGGUGGUUGCCGGUUGGUUCUCGGUUUAGGUCCAACACCUCCCUUGUACUAUAACAAUGUCAGUGUUAAUAACAACAACAAAGUCUCAGCUUCCUGUGGAACGGUUCAGGGGCUCUCAUCAGAGGGUAACUCAAUCUUGCAACUCGGUCCUCCUUCUGUGACCAUGGACAGUUUCAGCGGGCUUGAUUGUUCCUCACUGACAUUUACAUACACUAAUGCUUAUAAUUCACAGCUGAGCCAUCAUGAGUCAGAGUUCUCCCUAGGCGCUGCUUUCUCUUACAGGACAGCAUCUGCCACAUCUUCUCAUAACAGGACGACCAAUCCAAAGAAGUGCAGAUUCAUGGGAUGUGGGAAAGGAGCUAGAGGAGCAUCAGGGCUCUGCAUUGGCCACGGAGGUGGGCAGAGAUGUCAAAAACCAGGCUGCAACAAAGGUGCUGAGAGCAAAACCACUUUCUGCAAAGCACACGGUGGAGGAAAGAGAUGCCAACACUUGGGAUGCACAAAAAGCGCUGAAGGGAAAACAGAUUUUUGCAUCUCUCAUGGAGGUGGAAGAAGGUGUGGGUUCCCUGAAGGAUGUGCUAAAGCUGCACGUGGCAAAUCAGGACUCUGCAUCAAGCACGGUGGUGGCAAAAGGUGUAGGGUUGAAGGAUGUAAGCGAAGUGCUGAGGGACAAGCUGGUCUUUGUAUAUCACAUGGUGGUGGUAGGCGUUGUCAGUCUUUAGACUGUACAAAAGGAGCUCAAGGGGGUACUAACUACUGCAAAGGUCAUGGUGGUGGGAAACGGUGUAUCUUUGGUGGAUGUACUAAAGGAGCUGAAGGUAGUACUCCUCUGUGUAAAGCACACGGUGGAGGGAAACGUUGUAUGUUUGAUGGAGGUGGGAUAUGUUCUAAAAGUGUGCAUGGUGGGACGAGUUUCUGUGUAGCUCAUGGUGGUGGGAAGAGAUGUGUGGUGGUGGGGUGUACUAAGAGCGCUCGUGGGAGGACUGUUUGUUGUGUGAAGCAUGGUGGCGGGAAACGGUGUAAGUGUUUAGGGUGUGAGAAGAGUGCACAAGGUAGAACUGAGCUGUGCAAGGCUCAUGGUGGAGGUAAACGCUGCUCGUGGGGAGGAGGUUUGGUAUGUGAGAAGUUUGCUAGAGGGAAGAGUGGUUUAUGCGCUGCGCAUAAUAGUAUGGCUCAGGAUAAAGCUGGAAGCAAGAUUGGUUUGAUUGGACCGGGACUUUUUAGUGGUCUUGUCUCUACCACCACUGAUUAUUCUCUGUCUGGAGUCAGUGCGGUCUCUGAUUGCACUGACUCCAUUGACCGCUAUCCGCAGCAGCAUCUUGAGAAAAGACAGAAGGUGAUGAUACCAAUGCAGGUUCUUGUGCCUCCAUCUAUGAAAUCUUUAAGGUUUUCAAACACUGAGAGACCUGAAACAGACAAUAAGAGUAGCAACAGCAAUGGGAGGAACAUGUUGGACUUUAUGAUUCAUGAGGAGAGAGUUCAUGGUGGUGGGCUUAUGUCUCUGCUUAAUGGCAGCCUGAAGCAGACACUAAAAAGGUAGAAUCUAUGUAAAGUUUAUGUAAUAUGUAUAGUGUUGUGGGUUUUUUUGUUUCCUUUUUUCUUUGGUCCUUUGUAUAUUCAUGGUUCUCUCUGUUUUGAAUUGUGUUAUCUUGAGUCUUGAGUCUCUUGACCAUCUAGUCGGUGGCUCGAACCCAAGUCUUUGUUUAUUUGAUUAUUGGUUUGGAAUGUUGCAAUGUAGUAGAAGUGUUCUCGUUGUUUUGUUACUUGUGUAAGAAGCAGAGCUUGUUACUUUUGUAUAUGAUCACUGAAGUUUUAUAGUUAUGAA